AUGUCCCUCAGGAUCACAUGUCAGAGCGCCUUGCUCGCCGGGCAAGGCCUUCAUCCCUCUCGCUGUCUCAGAUUGCCGAACACCUCCCCAUGGCACGCUUUGGCUGCUAUGUCGGGCCCCGCGGCAGCACUGAGAUGUCCCAACAAGUACUCCCCGACCCGAGUCGUUUCUGAUGCCUCGCCCUCCUCCACUGCUCUUGGCAUCACCCAGCUGAGAACAUUCGUCUCCCUCACACGACCGCGGCGGAAGAGAGAGGAGCGGGAGCCAGGUCUGCCAUCUUCGUCGGCAUCUCAACCCAGCAAGAUUGCCAACGCAAUCAAAAAGGCACUCCCUGUUGCAGCCCAUGAGAACAUCUAUACCAUCCCUAACCUGCUGACUGCAUCCCGGCUUGUUUUGGCCCCGGUAAUUGGCUAUUGCAUUCUCCACGACCAUCAUGCCUGGACCCUGGGCUUGUUUGCCUACGCGGGCAUCACGGAUCUCUUGGAUGGGUGGAUAGCGCGGAAGUGGAAUCAAGGCACGGUUGUAGGCACUGUCAUCGACCCCAUGGCUGACAAGACGCUCAUGACGGUCUUGACGGUGGCACUGGCAAUGAAGGGCGGCCUACCUAUUUGGUUAGCAGUGAUCAUCCUCGGUCGUGAUGUUGCACUUGCCAUCUCAGCCAUUUAUUUCCGAUGGAUAUCUCUACCACCACCAAAGACCUUUAUGCGGUACUGGGACUUCUCGUUGCCGUCUGCAGAGGUACACCCGACAACAAUCAGCAAGUACAACACAUUCCUCCAGCUUGCACUAAUGGGCCUCACGACAAUGGCGCCUCUGGUACCGGUCGUGGGCGGGACGCCCUUGACCGUUAUGCAGUAUGUCGUCGCCACUACAACAGUCUGGAGCGGGGCUAGUUACGUGUACAGCAAGGACGCCGUGAAGAUACUGUCGCAUGAAGAAAUCAAGGAGAGGCAAAAAGGUGACCAGCGUCCUUGA